CGCUGCAGGCUAAAUUCUGUUCCAGGCGCUGGUUUGGGACCAGCGUCUACACGUCUAUAUUGAGCUGAGUGGAUUUCGGCGGUUUAUUAUUUAUUCGUGUUUUAGCGGUUUCCACACCGGUUGUGGGGACGCAGCAGGAGCAGAGGAUUAACGUUAUCAGAAAUUAGGGAGCCUGGUAGCUGGCUAACUAGGAUUUUGGCUGCAGAGAAUGGCCAUGGCAGACGGUUUUAAAGAAAAAGCGACAAAAGAGCAGAAAUACGACCGACAACUCAGACUGUGGGGUGAUCACGGACAGGAAACACUGGAAAAUGCUCAUGUUUGUUUGAUCAAUGCCACAGCAUCAGGAACAGAAAUACUCAAGAACCUGGUGCUUCCAGGCAUUGGAGCAUUCACCAUCGUAGAUGGACAUAAAGUGUCUGGAGAAGAUGCUGGCAACAACUUCUUUCUAAGCAGCAGCAGCAUUGGGAAGAAUCGGGCUCAAGCUACCACAGAGCUACUACAGGAGCUGAACAGUGAUGUGUCAGGGAAUUUUGUUGAGGAGACUCCAGACAAACUCCUGGACAAUGACCCUGAGUUCUUCCAUAGGUUUAGCUUGGUGAUUGGCGUUCAGCUGCCAGAGAGCACGUGUCUCAGACUCGGGGCAGUCUUGUGGAGUGCAGAUGUGCCCUUUCUGGUGUGUAGGACAUACGGUCUUGUAGGAUACAUGAGGCUGGUGGUGAAAGAACACACGGUUAUUGAAUCUCAUCCAGACAAUGCUCUGGAAGACCUAAGGCUGGACCACCCAUUUGCAGAACUGAAGCAUCAUAUUCAGUCUUAUGACCUGGAUAAUAUGGAGAAAAAGGAUCAUUGCCAUACACCAUGGAUCAUCAUCAUUGCAAAAUUCCUUGAAAAGUGGUACAGUGAGAACAAUUUUCAGUUACCAAAGAACUACAAGGAGAAGGAAGCAUUCAGACAGCUUAUUCGGCAAGGAAUCCUCAGGAAUGAGAAUGGAGUUCCGGAAGAUGAAGAAAACUUUGAUGAGGCGAUCAAGAAUGUCAACACUGCCCUGAAUCCAACCAAGAUUUCCAGUGCAGUGGAAGACAUCCUUAAUGCAGAGCGCUGCAAGAAUAUUACAUCUCAGACCCCGGUUUUCUGGGUCAUGGCACGAGGGCUGAAGGAGUUUGUGGAGAAUGAGGGUGGGGGAAAACUGCCUCUUAGGGGCACCAUCCCAGACAUGUUCGCUGACUCUGAGAAAUUCAUCAAACUCCAGAAUGUUUACAGAGAGAAGGCAAUGCAAGAUGCCUUGAUUGUGUCCAAGCAUGUAGAAUCUCUUUUACAGUCAGUUGGAAAAGCCCCAGAAGGAAUUUCAGAACACGACAUUAAGCUCUUCUGUAAGAGUGCAGCUUUUCUGAGAGUGGUGUGCUGCAGAUCCCUUGCUGAGGAGUACAGCGUGGACUCCUUCAAUAAGGAUGAGAUCACCUCCUGCAUGGACAACCCUGACAGCGAGAUGGUACUGUACCUCAUGCUGCGGUCUGUGGAUCGCUUCUACCAACAGCACUCGCGCUAUCCAGGUGUCUACAAUUAUCAGGUUGAAGAAGACAUUGCUCAACUGAAGAUGUGUGUCAAUAGCCUGCUGCAGGAAUAUGGCCUGAAUGUCAAUGUGAAAGAUGACUACAUCCAUGAAUUCUGUCGCUAUGGUGCUGCUGAACCCCACACAGUCGCAUCCUUUUUGGGGGGAUGUGCUGCCCAAGAGGCUAUCAAAAUAAUCACACAUCAGUUUGUACCUUUCAACAACACUUUCAUUUACAAUGCCAUGGCUCAGACAUCUGCCACUUUCCAGCUGUGAAAUAAACUGUGUAGCAGGAAAACAUUUUACUUACCAUGUUGUGAAAUAUUUCUCCUCAUAUAACAUUGGGAGGCAGAGAAACAUCAGUUUGCUUGCGCUAUUUUCACUUAUGAAGUGGACAGCUGUUUUUUGAUAUGUAGUUUCAAACAAUGUUUCAAUAAAAGCAGAUGAGGUUGGUUUUGUAAAUGUACUGGAAAUGGGUCCAUUGAAAGAAUCUUCUCCAGUUAAGAUAUUUUCACAUGGAUGUUGUUUUCAAUAUGCAAAACGGCUGCACGUGGGUCCUUGAACAUUGAUAGAAGGUUAAUCCGCAAUGGAUAUUUUUUUCCUUAAAACUGUCAUUUCAAAGCCAGGCAUUUAGUUGACUUUCUGUGUACUAAAAUUAUGUGCAAAUAUAUGUAAAGCUUCAUUGCAUUGUGCCAAGGAAGAUACAUUGUUCUUAGUAGUUCUUAACAGCUAGUUAGCAUCUGAUUGUAAUGUUG